AACAGUUAAGAUGGAUUGGUACAUCUGUAUACUUUAUUCUCUCCUACUUUCUCUUUCACUGUUUUUCCUCCUUUAUCGGAACAUGACUUCUUCCUACAGCUACUGGAAGAUCAGAGGCGUUCCUCACAGUAAACCAUCUUUUCCUUUUGGAAAUCUUGGAGAUAUCCUCAAAGGAAAGAUAUCUCUUGCAGACUUCCUGAACCUCCAAUAUAAGAUGUUUGAAAAUGAACGGUUCUUUGGAAUAUUUCAUUUCAACACACCGGUUUUGGUACUGAAGGACUCGUCUCUUAUAGAGAAUGUUUUAAUGAAGGAUUUCGCUUCCUUCUGUGACAAAGUGAAAAACUCCCCACCAAAAAGCGAUAUAUUUGCAUUUCACUUGGGUAACAUUAAAGGUCACAAAUGGAGAUCACUACGCCAAAAGCUGAACGGAGCGUUCUCCAACAACAAACUGAAAUGCAUGACUCAACAGAUACUAGACUGUGGGGACUCUCUUGUGCAACAGUUAAAACCAUACGCAGAGACAAAAGGAAUAACUCAAGUUGAUUGUAUAGGGUUUAUCUAUUCACAGAAAGUCUUGGGGACUUGUGUAUUCGGAAUUGAACCAGAUGGAGCAACUAUUGAGUCGUUCGUAAAACACGCGAAACAGUAUUUGUUCGGAAUGAGGGUGGUGAACAUGAUAAACUUGUGGCAUGUAUACGUUCCCAGAUUUGCAAGAAUUCUGUACUUUGUACCUCAGAUCGCUAAAGUUGUUGAUUACUUCAAAAACUUUACUUUAGCAAUAAUUCAAGUCAGGCAAAGUACAACUGCCAAGAGAAAUGACUUUUUACAAAUAUUACUCGAUCUAAAUGAUGAGGAAGUAGAUGUUGGUGUAACCCAACAACAAUCCAAAGAUAUACUCGAAAACCUCUCAAGCAAUGUCUCGAAGAAAGAACAAUUCCAGAAAAGAGAUUCCAUAAAGGAAAAGCCAUUUCUCUCAAAUUGUGACAUCACGUCCCAGAUGUUCAACUUCAUGAGCCUGGGUCUAGACUCAAUCGCUAUUUCGAUCGGCUUCCUCUUGUAUGACUUGGCAUCUAAUCCUGAGGAGCAACUGAAGGUUCAACAAGAAAUAGACGAUGUUAUCAACACAUUCGGGGAACUCAACUAUGAAGCACUCCACCAGCUGGAAUAUCUUGAUUGUGUUAUCCAAGAAAGCACAAGAUUAAGGACUACUUUUCCCUUCACAAUGAGAGUCUGCCAGGCUUCCUACAGGAUACCGAAUUCGGAUCUGGUAUUGGAGAAAGGAACCAUGGUCCUUAUCCCCAUCUAUUCCAUCCAUAUGGACCCUAACAACUACCCCGACCCUGAAAUCUUCAAUCCAAAUAGGUUCAAAGACAACCACUUUAAAUCCUGCCCUAAAUAUCUGCCAUUUGGAGCAGGACCCAGGAUCUGUAUAGCAUUCAAGCUGGCUGUGCUGCAAAUAAAGGUGGCGAUUGCUAAACUGAUGUUGAACUACUCCGUGAGCCUCAACAGCAAGACAGAGUUACCAGUCCGGUUUGCACCUCGAUUCACGACAAAAUCUCUCAAUGGUGUAUGGGUGGAUUUUGAAUCAAGGAAAGGAUAAAAAUAACUUGAUCUGUAAAAAUGUACUAUUUAACACUUUCUCCGCAUUUAUUUGUCUAUUAUAAUCCUGAAAAUCGUUCUUUCGAAAAGAUCUUUUUUAAACUGUGUUUUUAUCAAUUUACUUUUAAAAUCCUUGAAUGUUAUACUUGUUAGCAGGCAAAAUAAUGUUGUACCUCAAACUUAUUAUAUAAACAGCCUAUUUUACACAUUUUAGAGCAUCUUUUAAGAUACAAAUUGAUUUUACAGGAAAACUGUAAUCAAAGUUACAGCUCAUUCUAAAGUUCGUCAACAUUGUAGAACUCUUUUUUAUUAGUCAAAAAUUCAAAUUUUAAUAAAUUAGUAUAUUUAUGAUUUGGUAAACUAUAAAAAUCUUGGUUUAAAAAAUGCAUAAUCACAAAACUGAAUAUAAUAAUGUAAUUAAUUUUCAUUAGUGAACGAAUACUUUAAAUUGCCUUAUUGUAGUCUCAUUGAGAAUGUAUAUAAUGUACUAGAACCAAUUAAAUAUUUACAAAAAUUU